AUGAAAACAAUUGACAAAGACAACAUCAACAACAAAAAGUUCAAAGACAACAUCAACAACAAGAAGGUCAAAGACAACAUCAACAACAAGAAGGUCAAAGACAACAUUAACAACAAGAAGGUCAAAGACAACAUUAACAACAAGAAGGUCAAAGACAUCAUCAACAACAAAAGAAACAACAACAACAAUAAUAAUAAAUAUAGUAAUAAAAGAGAUAAUAAGACCAAAGUAAAGAUAACUUUCACCACAACUGCUGAAAUAGCAACAUCAGCAAACAGACACGUGAUUCAAGAUGACAAACAACAAAUACGACUCGACACACGAAUUAACAAGGUCACUGAAAAAAUGUCUAUUUCUGACAAUAAGAAGUUUGCUUUUGAAACAUUAGAACCCGAAAUUUAA